GGUAAAAUUUUGCAAGUUGGGCCGGUUGAAGGCAGGUUGCAGUAAGGAAUAGUUUAUAUUGUUUGGAACACAAUGGAGAGACUUUUAAGAUUAGGAGGAGGAAUGCCAGGACUUGGUCAGGGUGCGCCUCCAACAGAUGCUCCAGCUGUUGACACUGCUGAGCAGGUGUAUAUCUCAUCAUUGGCCCUCCUCAAGAUGCUUAAGCAUGGAAGAGCAGGCGUACCCAUGGAGGUAAUGGGACUAAUGCUUGGAGAGUUUGUAGACGACUAUACAGUCCGAGUCAUUGAUGUGUUUGCCAUGCCCCAGUCAGGAACAGGAGUGAGUGUUGAAGCAGUCGACCCAGUUUUCCAGGCAAAAAUGUUGGACAUGCUUAAACAGACCGGCAGACCAGAGAUGGUGGUAGGAUGGUAUCAUUCUCAUCCCGGGUUUGGCUGCUGGCUGUCUGGUGUAGAUAUCAAUACUCAACAGAGUUUUGAAGCCCUGUCAGAACGUGCCGUGGCUGUUGUUGUUGACCCAAUUCAGAGUGUGAAGGGCAAAGUGGUGAUAGAUGCUUUCCGUCUGAUCAACCCAAACAUGAUGGUAUUGGGUCAAGAACCUAGACAGACCACAUCUAACCUGGGGCAUCUCCAUAAACCAUCGAUACAGGCUUUGAUACAUGGACUCAACAGACAUUACUACUCGAUUGCAAUCAAUUACAGGAAAAAUGAGCUGGAACAGAAGAUGUUGCUUAACUUACACAAGAAGAGUUGGGUGGAUGGUCUGUCUCUGGAGGAUUACAACACGCACUGUACAAAUAACGAGAAUACUGUUAAAGAGAUGCUGGAACUGGCCAAGAACUACCACAAGGCUCUGGAGGAAGAAGAAAAUAUGACCCAGGAACAAUUGGCUAUAAAAAAUGUUGGCAAACUGGAUCCAAAGCGCCAUCUGGAGGAGCAUGUGGAUGUUCUUAUGACAACCAAUAUAGUGCAGUGUUUAGGAGCUAUGCUUCAUACUGUAGUGUUCAAAUGAUGUCCAGAAAGACUGUGGAGAAAAUAAUGUAUAUCUGACAUGGUGACCUUCAUGUGUAGAAAAUUUUGUUUAUCUGACAUGGUGACUGAAGGUCUUGUAAACAGGUCACUGACAGAACUUUUAAGUGCUGUAAAUAAUAAUUUGCAGCAAGAAAGACCAUUUCGGAUAAUGUAAUUUGGAGCUUACCCCAACUGACCAGGGACAAGUUUGAACAGAUCUGCCUGGACGUAUACAAGAUGGUCGGUCAAAUUACUUGUCCACACUGAAACUAUUGGUCAUACUUGUAACAAUUCUCAUUGUAUACGAUAAAGGUCAUGAUAAAUAAGAGUGCUGAUGGACCAGUUUCUCUUCCAUGGACGUCAGAUUCUUUGUUACAUAAUUGUAAUGACAGAGGAUAUAUGGAGUAUGAAAAUACAGGUUUUCAUCACAGUUACAAAAAAUUCAACAUGACCAACCUAAGUCCAAAUAUGUGCUAUUAUAAUUAAUUCUUUUAAGAAUAAAAUUUUGAAAAUUUC